AUGAGCACCCAGAACACCAACGCUCAGAAUCUUUCCUUCGUCCUCGAGGGAAUUCACCGCGUCAAAUUCGAAGACCGGCCAAUCCCAGAGAUCAACAAUCCUCACGACGUACUGGUGAAUGUCAGGUUCACAGGUAUAUGUGGUAGUGAUGUUCAUUAUUGGGAACAUGGCUCCAUUGGCCAAUUCAUUGUCAAGGAUCCCAUGGUCCUGGGACAUGAAUCUUCCGGUGUUGUCAGCAAGGUUGGCUCUGCCGUUACCAGUCUAAAGGUAGGAGACUGCGUUGCAAUGGAACCAGGAAUCCCAUGUCGCCGCUGCGAACCAUGCAAGGCGGGGAAAUAUAAUCUCUGCGUGAAAAUGGCUUUCGCAGCGACACCUCCAUAUGAUGGUACCUUGGCCAAGUAUUACGUCCUGCCCGAGGACUUUUGCUAUAAGCUUCCUGAAAGCAUCACCCUACAGGAGGGUGCGAUCAUGGAGCCCCUUAGUGUCGCCGUCCAUAUCGUUAAACAGGCUGGGAUCAACCCGGGUCAAUCAGUGGUAGUCUUUGGUGCUGGCCCCGUCGGACUUCUCUGCUGUGCUGUGGCGAAGGCUUACGGUGCGUCCAAGGUUAUCGCGGUUGACAUUCAAAAGGGUAGGCUAGACUUUGCGAAGAAGUAUGCAGCAACUGCCACGUUUGAGCCAGCUAAAGCCGCAGCGUUGGAGAACGCUCAACGGAUAAUAACCGAGAAUGAUCUAGGCUCGGGUGCAGAUGUUGCCAUUGACGCUUCAGGAGCAGAGCCCUCGGUUCAUACAGGCAUUCACGUUCUGCGUGCUGGGGGAACAUAUGUCCAGGGCGGUAUGGGUAGAAGCGAAAUCACCUUUCCAAUAAUGGCGGCUUGCACCAAAGAACUGAACGUCAAGGGCAGCUUCCGUUAUGGGAGUGGUGACUAUAAGCUUGCAGUCUCCUUAGUAAGCGCUGGAAAGGUGAACGUGAAGGAAUUGAUCACGGGUGUCGUCAAGUUCGAGGACGCCGAGCGAGCAUUCGAAGAAGUUAGAGCUGGAAAGGGCAUCAAAACGCUUAUUGCUGGUGUCGAUUCAUAG